GUGUUUGCAUGUGGCACUCGAUCUUUGAAUGUCAUCUUUUUUUCUUUUCUUUUUUUUCAUUGUUGAAAGGGGGAGGUGUGCCAGUCCCGUCAUUGUCCAGUGCUGUCCCUGCCCAGUCCCAGACAGGGAGCUGCACAGAGGACCGCUAUGCUGCUCUAGCCGAGUUGGACAACAAGCUCAGCUCUUCUGUUACCACAGGCAGCAAUGUGCAAGGGAACAUAUUUGGACCAGUGCUUGGUUCAUCGCCAGCCCAGAAUCCACCCGUGUUACCCAGCAUGCAGCCUGGCUUUGGAGCCGUCCCAUCUACAAAUCCCUUUGUUGCUGCAGCUGUUGCCCCGGAGAUGACCACCAACCCUUUCCAGACCAAUGGCAGAGCUCCAGCUGUAGGUGUAAUGAAAUAG